AACAUAUUCGAUUCAAUUUACAGACGAAAAGAUGUUGGGCGACAAAUACGAUGCAUCCAAACUCUACGAGGAACUAUAAUCUAAUAUCUCAAAGCUGUCCUGCUGAUAGUUAUACAACGGUGACACGCAACCACAACUCUAGUUACACAACUUUCGAAUUCAAAUCGUUCAUAUGGACCAACGUCACACUCUCGUCUCAACAAAUAUACGUCCACUGUGAAGUGACAAUAUGUGAUCAAAACUUGAACGCAACCUGCAAUACCCUUAACUGUGCACCCAGUCGUCGACGUCGCGAUGCUUCUACGAAUUCGUACAAGGUCAUUUCUGCUGGUCCCGUCCUAAUUGCUACAAGUAUAGAUGAUGAUACGAGACCAUGUGAACAGAAUGAUUAUUGUUCCGAUGUAUGUACGAUGAUGGGUGGUAAGCCCGUAUGCUCGUGUGGUGAAGGGUUGAAACUUGGAGAGGAUAUGAGAACAUGUGUUGAAUUGUCGAACGAGGAUUCGAACACGCUGGUCUACCUAAUGGGGAUUUCCCUGGUACUUUUACUUGGAAUAAUAGCAAUGAAGAAAUUCAACGCAUAGUGAAUGCACUGUGUUGUAUAUAUGCCUAAUAUAACAACGGAUGAAACUAGAAAGAUCUAUAAGCGGAAUAAAUCAUAUUAUAUUUAAA